UCUUCUUCUUCGAACGAGAGUAGCUGUACACUGCCUCCACAUUCAACAUGAAAACAAUCAUCGCUCUUUGCGCCCUCGUGGCCGUCGUCAUCGCAGCACCCCCUCACGACCAAGCGGUCAUCGUGAAAGAAACCCCACUGGACAACAUCGGUGUUGAUGGAUACCAGUUUGGUUACGAGCUGUCCAACGGUCAGGCCCAUCAAGAGUCCGCCCAGUUGGCGAACGCCGGUCAUGAAAACGAAGCUCUUGUAGUCCGCGGUAGCUUCACCUACGUCGACCCGGAGACCAACGUCAGGUACACCGUCAACUACGUCGCCGACGAGAACGGAUUCCACCCCGAGGGAGCGCAUCUGCCAGCCGUAUAAAUGUAUUAAUUAUCAACGAGAUACUAAAGUCGAUAUGAAAAACAGCUAUAGCUCUGGAUAAAUUUGCCUGAUCAUCAAGUGGGCCUGAUGAGCCCGCAAAGACAAUUGAAGAGUCUGUACAAACAUUCUCGAUCGUUUCAAUCGUCCGAUAUAAAUAUCUGCAUAAUUGGCUUAUAAUGCGAUAGAUAUUAAAUUCACGAUUUAUUAAUAUACAGAUGCUUCGUGGAUGAAUAUACUGAUUUACGUAACGAUAUCGAAUGUAUAACUACGAAGCUGUAUUUUUUUCAAUAGUCAUUACCUGUAUGGAUGAUCGAGUACGAACGAUGUGAUUUUAAAUAAAAGUUGAAUGUUAUGUUAUCACAUCGCGGAUGUAUAAUGUAUAUAUCAACGUUAUAAUAAAUCGUAAAAUUAAUAUAUUGUAUUAUGAGUUAACUGUUGAAAUUCUAAUUGGUCUUUAAUAGUACCUUAUCGAAAAUCGACUAUAAAUAGCACCUCGCAACGUGGAUUUGGAUUGGUCGUAUUUGGACUGCACAGCUAUGUUUGGAAAAAUUCCAGCGACAUUGCGAUCUCUAAGAUUUCGUCACAGCGAAUGCGCGCAAUUCUACACUUGUAUUACAAAAAUUUUGUCGAUCUCAAA